UUACUGACAACACGUUACAAUUUUACUGUAAAAACGUUACGCAUUAUUUCGAAAAAAGUAGAAGUGAAUACAAAAAUCCUGAAAAGAAUUAUGAAAACGGAAGGAGUACCCUAAAGAUUUUCUUUCAGAAUUUUGUGGAAUUAAUUUUGUUUAGUGUCAGAGAACAGUGUGGUGCACCUACGAGGCAUGAGAUGCAUUCAGUCUACAAUAUAUUGUAGAAACGGAAGUUAGAAAGUCAAAACGCUGAUAGGGUUUUGAUUUUUCUUGUCCACGGUGCACAUUUCAUAUAGAAACUAUAACAAGCAUACCAGGACACAGGUUCAAGGUUCAAAUUUGUAUCAUUCAUCAAAGCAGUGUUCAGAGUGGGGAAUUAAAAUACGACCGUAUUAAGAGUGAACAUCACGACUUCAGAAGAGUUUUGUUUCUAACAAAUUCACAAUGGGUAAACAGGAAAUAGAAAUGUUUCGGGUUGCAUUUCUAGUCGCGAUUCUGUGUAAUUUUGUGGGUGUCAGUGCAGGCUACAUUUCAAUUUUUGGACCUUGGUUUGAUUCUUCGCCGUCUACGUCUUCAACUCCUUCGCCAACCAGUGAACCCAAUGGGAUGGCCCGUAGUCGUCAACAUAAGUACACAAUUACGGAAGAGCAACUCACUGCCAUCAGGAUAGAGUACAUUAAAAACCAAAUAUUGAGGAAACUUCGACUCAAACAUAAACCUUCUGUCUCCAAAGCUUUCCUGCCGAAACUGGUUAUUGAAAGCAACUCUAUAUUGCCAAAAGUUCAGGAUGACUCCAGCAACUUGUAUUUCGACGAUUUCUACGGAAAAACUACUCAAGCUGUUGUUUUCCCGUACGAAGAUGAAGCAAAGUGUGUCAGAAAGGUUCAGUACCCAUCGGCAUGCCUCCCAUUUGUGUUACCAAAAGAUGUUCAUGCAUCAGAAGUAAGCACUGCAGAGCUAUGGGUUUACAAAAAGGCAGACAGUGAAGAUAUUCAUAACCAAACAUUCAUAGUAUCAGAAAUAGCCCAUUGGGAUGCCAAAAAGAGUUUUCAAAAAACUACACCGAUUUAUAUCAACCAAACCACCGUAACAGAGGGUUGGUUAACAAUAGACGUAACACAAAUAGUAAAAAAUUGGUUAGAUAAUAAAUCUAGUUUGACCCAUGCCAUAAAUGUAGCAUGCAAAACCUGUAGUAAGGACGUCGGAGAUUCUCCAAUUUCAUUCAAACUGAACGACAAACCUUUCGUCGUCAUCCAUACUCAUUCUCAGCAAAAAAGGACAGUCCACAGAAGGACAAAAAGGCAUGUUAAUUGUUAUCCUGGAGUAACGGAUUGCUGCAGGGAAAGUCUUUAUAUUUCUUUUGCUGAUAUAGGGUGGGACGAUUGGAUAAUCUCGCCUAGCGGAUAUAACGCUUAUUUCUGUAAAGGAUCGUGCAAUUCAGCAACCGCCAAGACGCUGAGUGCAAGCCAACAUAACUCAAUAUUACAGAAAGUUAUGUAUGAUCCUAACAGAAAUUCUGGGAAUAGAUUGGAACUAACGACAUGCUGUGCUGCUACCCAAUUUCAGCCUUUACAAUUAUUUUAUAUGGACAACAACAAAACAAUUACAUCAAAAAUAUUAUCGAACAUGAUAGUUGAGACUUGCGGCUGUAUGUGAGAGUCUUAGUGUGGUUUAAUCGUUCUUCGUCAGUAUUUUUAAAUUAAUUUAAAUUUAUUACCCACUACUCCAUGCGCAGGAUAUGGACCUUCUGGUGAAGUUAUUAGUGAAA